CCACCCUUGUGGCUGACUUUACUUUUUGUUGGGGCAAACACCAUGGAUAAUCCUUUGUUGAAGUACAGUGCAAAGGAUUACUUCUUCAAAGCUGCCCUCUGCCACUUCAUAGUAGACGAGUUGAAUGCCAAGCUUGCUCUUGAGAAAUAUGAGGAAAUGUUUCCAGCGUUUACUGAUUCAAGAGAAUGUAAAUUAUUGAAAAAACUCCUAGAAGCUCAUGAAGAACAGAACAGUGAAGCUUACACUGAAGCAGUGAAGGAAUUUGACUCAAUAUCUCGUUUGGAUCAGUGGCUG